CCAAGUAUUAAGGUGCAGGAGAAGGUAGUAGAAGACACAGACAUAGAAGCUAGAAAAGGCGUCAUAACGCGAACUCUUGAGGAGCUAGCCGAUAGUGUCUUAGCCCAAUCUGCGCUGGUCACGGCCCGCAACGCCGGAUUUGUUUUCAUGCCCCCUGAACCUAGUCUCAAAUUGCCUACUCCAUUCGCUCAGUCGCAGUCCUCCUCUGACGAAGAAGCACAAGAAGCAC